CAGACCUGGAGACAGAGAAGCAGCGAUCAGACUGUCAAACCUCGGAGGGAAGUGACAUAAAACUUGAAAAAGUCUUGCUCCACGUACAAAUUCUUUCUGUCCCAGGAAGCGUUGGGACACCAUGGUCUUGGACAAAGCAUGGACGGUCGGGCCCGGGAAGGAAUGCUUCGCCUGGGAAGCAGCAUUCGUCUGAGGCCUGAGCUGCCCCGGCCAGGGAUUCAGGAACACCUUCCCUGAAGAGGGGUGAGGGAUUGUUACCGGCGCUGGACAGGCUGCUUCAGGGUGCACAGAGGUUGGGGGGCUGGUGGUGGGAACAGUGUCUUCAUCGAAGCCACUAAAGGUCCCCUGUUUCCGACCUCAGUGGCAGGAAGCCGCCCACAGCACCUGCUUUGCCCCGAGCCUGAUGAGGCCUCUCUAGAGGCCCUCUGCAGCUCCUCCUGGGCCUGCACCCCCCUCACCUGCCUGCCCCUGUCCCGUGUGCCUGACCCUGACUGUGACUUUGCAGUGAACUUCUGUGCUGCUGAGGCUGCAAAACCGAAAGCCACAACCCACUUCUAGAAACCUCUCUCUGCUGGGAAAGGAUGUUUAUCAGAAAGACCUUGCAGAGCUGGUCCCGCCCUGCUUUCCUGUUUUCUCACACCAGCCUCUGUAGGAUUCUGUUUGCCUGAGAGGAACGAGCAGCUGCUGCACCUGCCACGCCAUGGAGCAGGCCCGCUGUGGAGGCUCUGAGGCCCAGGCCGGCCGGGGCACAGGAACAAGGACCAGCGGGAGCCGGUGCCAGGAGGAUGCUGCGGUGCAGGGCUGCUCCCGGGGGCCCCUGAGGCUUCUCCUCUUGGGGAAGCAUGGGGCAGGAAAAAGUGCCACGGGAAACACCAUUCUGGGCAAAGAGGUGUUCCUGUCCAGAUUCAGUGGGAAGCCGGUGACUGAAACGUGCCAGAGAGAGAGUGGGACCGUGAGAGGGGAGGAAGUUGUGGUCAUCGACACCCCCAACCUUUUCUCCUCAACAGCUUGUGUCAACAACAAGCAAGGAGCCAUUGAACACUGCUGGGAGCUUUUUGCCCCCAGCCUGCAUGUCCUGCUUCUGGUGAUUCCCAUCGGCAAGUAUAACGAGGACGACAGAGAGACAAUCGAGGGCAUCCAGCAGGUGUUUGGAGAGGGAGUCUGGAGGUACAUCAUUAUCAUCUUCACUCGGAAGGAUGAGUUGGAUGAUGGCUCCAUGGAAGAUUACCUUCAAAACGACACAUCGCUUGGAAAGUUGGUUGAAAACUGUGGAAGACGCUACUGCGCUUUCAACAACAAGGCAAGUGAGGCUGAGCGGGACAGCCAGGUGGGAGAGCUCCUCCCCAUGGUCAAGUGUUUGGUGGAUAAGAAUGGAGAACCCUAUCCUGUGAAGUUCAACAAUGAAGGCAAUGGAUCCCAGGUCUGUAUGAAAGAAGCUACCUCUGAGGAGGAGGACUUUCCACACGAUUUGUCAUGCAGUCAUGGAGUGACAGUCUACCUGGAUGGCGCCCUGGAUAGCACAGCCCCAGUGACUAUCCCUGUAGUUGCUGACUCUGCCAUUUGCUCAGCACGGGAGCAGCUGCUGGCCACAGGAUCUGAGCCGACCCCUGUGAUGCCAGAACUAAUGGUCCUGCUUGUGGGGAAGCGUGGCGUUGGAAAAAGCACAGUGGGGAACAGCCUUCUGGGGAAGCGAGUCUUUGAGACUGAAUUCAGUGACGAAUCAGUAACCAAGAAGUUUAAGUCUGAGAGCAGAAUCUGGAGAGGGAGGAAAAUUUUGAUCAUUGAUAGUCCAGACUUAUUAUCUUUAAAUGACUUUAAAUCAGACCUUUGCAAACAUGCCCCUAAGGGCCCCCAUGCCUUCCUGCUGGUGACCCCAUUGACCUCCUUAACUGAAGUGGAUCUGAAGACCAUCCAAAAAAGUUUUGAAGACGAAUUAGCUAAGUAUAUGAUUGUGCUCCUCACAAGGAAAGAAGAUCUAGAGGACCAGAAAGUAGAUAUGUUUUUAAUCAGGAAUAAAGUCCUCCACAGUACUCUUGUCGAGAGUUCUGAAAACCAAAUCAGCACCUUCAACUACAGAGUGACAGGAAAAGAGGAACAAAGGCAGGUAGAUGGGCUCCUGCAAAAAAUUGUGAAAAUGGUGCAACAGAAUGGAGACAAGCCUUGCAACUUCAAAAAGGAAGAGCCCCUGCGCAUUGUCCUCCUGGGGCGGAGCGGAACUGGGAAGAGUGCCACCGGGAACUCCAUCCUCGGGCGUAACAUCUUCACCUCUAAGCUCAGUCCCCAGCCGGUCACCAAGGUGUUCCAGGAGGGCAAGAGGACAGUGGCGGAGCAGGAGGUGGAGGUGGUGGACACUCCUGACCUGCUAACCCACUUACAGGAGGUCAGAAGCUAUGAAAGUAACAGAGUUCUAGUCCUGGUGCUCCAGCUCGGACGGAUCACGGCCCAGGACAGAGACGUGGUGAGCGCACUGAAGUCCACGUUCGGAAGUAAUGUUAUGGAACGCAUGAUUGUGCUUUUCACCCGGAAGGAAGACUUGGGGGGCGAGGACAUUAAAGAUUACUGCAAAAAUACAGACGACACAUUUCUUAAGGAGACCAUUAAAAAGUGUAAGGGGCGAGUUUGUGCUUUUAAUAACAAAGAAACCGGCCGAGCUAUGGAAGACCAGGUAACAGACCUUUUGAAAAUGGCCAAUGAGCUGAUUCGUAACUAUAAAGGGUCUGUGGAAGGGGAGAACAUCAGCCAAAUAACCGAAGAUGCCCAGGAAAGCAAAUUUUUCGGAAACGCAAUGACAAAAUUAAAAAAUUGGCUUCCAUAGGUGGCUGAAGUGCCUGGGGUCUCUUUAAGUUAGAGCUGCACUCAGGUUGGGGGGUAUGGGAAGAUUGGUGGAUGGGGAGUGGGUUCAUGACUUUUAAGGGCUUGAGAAAUCAAGGCCUCUCAACUUGUGAUGCUUCGGCUCUUUGAGGUAAUUAAAUUUUCAAGAUGGGGUAGGUAGUAGAUUAUAAAGAAGCAAGAAAAAAUAAUGUAGUGAAAAAGGGUCAGAAUCAAGUCACAGGAAUUACCUUACCUUCGCAGGUAGAUUGGAGUGAGGACCCCGGCGAAGGCCAACCUGUAGCCAGAAUACACAUAGUUACACAAGAAUCAGGGCACCCGGAUACAUGAGAGCAAGGCCACAUCUGGGAAGUCCUGGGCAUGGCAGAGAGGUGCGUCUGGACGCCUGUGGGCCGCCCAUGCCUGCCACACCUGCCGGCCUGAGCUGUCCUUUUUCUGGAGUGGUGGCUGUUCCGUUGUGCCCUCUCCAUUUCUACUCUGAAUGCAAAGUGACCCAGUCCCCCCUUCUUUGUGGUCCCUGAGGACAUGAACAAGACUGUGACGUUUCAAAUGACUGUACUGCUAAAUCAUCACAGCGAAAGAGACUAGAACAAAAAAAUCACUAAAAUUGCCAAGAUUAGACAACUUUGCAAAAUUUUGGAUUUCUAAGUAUAAUUCUAGAUUUCCUCUAGAAAAGGUUAUUGAAAACUUUUUUUUCACUUUUCUCCAUUCUGUAUCUCGAGGGUUAGGAAUUAGGUCAUAACCAGAGAACUCACAUAAUUAUGGUAUAAACACAUUAGGGGCUUAUGGUGUCUCAUGUCCGGGGGCAGGCUGUCUGAGGCAGGUGCUGUGUCCGCUGUCCAGCUUCAUUCUCAUGCAGUCUCUGCACUUCAGGUUGCCACUGGGUUCCAAGAUGGUGAUGUUCUACUCACAGGUGAGCAGUUAAAAUUGAUAGCUGCCUGAUGGAGGCGCUGUAUGAGGUGAGAACUAUAGAAUCCUCUUUCAGUAGAUAUAGGGCCAGAUGUUUUCAAUAUUAACCACUUUAGAGAUACUUUGGGGACAGGAUUUAUAUCACUUGCUUUUUUCUUUUUAUUUUUUAAGUAUCAGUUUACCUUUAAGACUGACCCAUUUAUAAGAGCAUGAACUGUCAACAUUAAUAAUUUUGUAUCCUGCAUAACUCUUAUUAUAACAAAUUAUGGAAACCCUGUAUGUAAUUAUACUCCGCUGAGUGAAAUAAUAAAGAUGAAUGAAAUUAUGAACUUAUGUCCUCCUGAUUUCCAUUUUUCUGACUUGAGGAAGAGUCUGACUCCUCCUAGAGGCAGGAGAUGUCUCAACUUGGCGGUAUGGAAUUACCUCAAAAAAUUAAAAAUGGAACUGCCUUAUGACCCAACUUUUCCACUUCUGGGAAUUUAUCCAAAGAGACUCAUCGAGAGGACCCCCAACCCCAGACUGCAAAACUUCGUGCCCAUUGACCUGGAUGAGUGGUGGGCACAGCAGUUCCUGGCCAGAAUCACUAACUGCUCCUAGCCGCUGCUUUGGAAGGAACGUUGCCUGCACAGGCCUGGCCCUGCCACAUGGCAGACCCUCUGCCAGGAGAGGACCAUGGCACCCUGUAUGCCCACUGCAGCAGGUCGUGUUCCCCUCCGGACCAGGCUGGAUGCCAGCCACACCUGAAGUGCCAGCAUUUGGACUUUUGUACCUUCUAACCCCUUGGCCCAGCUGUGCCAGGCUGCCAGGGGCUGAACCUCUCUGACCUCAAUCCUGCUCACUGUGCCUGGGCACCAGCCCCUGGGGCUGGUAUGGCAGAGCUCCAGGUUAAUAAAGUCAAGAAACUGC